AUGGUGCCAUCCCCGCGGCCGUGGCGCGCGUUGGUGGCCGUGUCCCUCUGUGUCCUGCUGUGCCUGGCGGCCGCGUACCCCCCAAAACCCGAGAGCCCCGGCGAGGACGCGUCCCCCGAGGAGAUGGCUCGCUACUUCUCGGCCCUCCGCCACUACAUCAACCUGGUCACGCGGCAGAGGUACGGGAAACGCGGCAGCCCCGGCACCGAGGGGACAGAGCUGCUCCUGGGGACCGGCAGUGACCGGUCACGGUUCGAUGACGACUCCUCGUGGUGA